CGUGCUUAUUUCGGGCUGUGGAGAAUAAUCCUUAUUUCAGUUGUUGCUAUGAAGAGAUGGAGUAGUUCUGGCUUGAGAAGAAUUGAUGCUGGAUAGCGCAGGCGAUGGCUUCUCGUUAUCCGCUGCUUUAUGAUUGUGGAGCCGCAUGACUAGUGAAUUGCUUUGUUUUCUGUGAGGCAUGAAGGUUCCUGCUGUCUGCCACUCAUUGGAGUAAGACAUUACACUUCUUGGAGAGCAGCUGAUUUGAAGCUAAUUUGGGCAUCUGCUCCGCUUAGUAGUUUCCCAAUGAACUGCUGAGAGAAAGAGCUGGCAUCUAAAGGGCAUCACAUUAGUACAAUUCCAGAAGUUUGGCUUCAGAAUCCUUGGAAGGCGAUAAAUGGUGGAGAUGUAGUGGUUGCUCGAUAAUUAUUCCCUUUGGGUACCGCAAUCAAGUUACCUGGAGGAACAAGUGGUGAUGGACCUGCCAGUUCUUCUUCUGUGCUUCAUCUUUUCCCAGUCCAUAGUGUCAGCUACUCAAGGAGCAUGCAGGGAAGGCUGCCACCCGACAAAUGGCUACUGCGAGGGUCCUGGAGAAUGCAGGUGUCACACUGGCUGGAAAGGACCGUUCUGUGACCAGUGUAUCCCAUUCCCUGGUUGUGUCCAUGGAAGUUGUAAUAAACCCUGGCAGUGUAUCUGCGACGAGGGCUGGAUCGGGAGCCACUGCAACAUUGAUAUCCAUCCAUGUGCUGCUGUUCCCUGUUCCAGUAACUCUACUUGCAUCGAAACGGGUGAUGGUGGAUACAUCUGCCUCUGUGCUCCGGGAUUUACAGGAAGAAACUGCAUGGUUAAAAGGGGACCCUGCAAUACGAAUGGGUCUCCUUGCAAGAACGGAGGGACCUGCGUAGACAACAAUGGCUUUGCUUCUCUAGCUUCUUGUCAGUGUCCUUUAGGCUUUGAAGGCAAUAACUGUGAAGUAAAGAAAGAUGGCUGCUACCCAAACCCUUGUGCAAAUGGUGGUAAUUGCACUAAUGUUGACACAGGAUUUGAGUGCAAGUGUCCAGGAGGGUUCAGGGGUCAGUCUUGCAAGGAAGUCACAUCAUUGUGUAGCAGUAAUCCCUGUGCCCAUGGUGGAACCUGUCAUGAGAAGAUCAGAGGAUUUCAAUGCGCAUGUCUACCUGAAUACACAGGCGCUACAUGUGAUGUACUGAAUACAAAUAAGAAGGUCCAUGCAGUGGUCAAUCGUUAUCAUUUUCAGUCCCACCACAAGAUUUUUCCACACCAAGGGCACGAAGUCUUGAAGAUCACAAUGAAGGAGACAGUCCACAAUAUGGACGCGUUCCUCAGCAGGAGUCAGAUCAUUUGCUUCAUUGUCCUGGGUCUUCUAACUUGCCUCAUUGUCCUGAUCACGACCGGAAUUGUUUUCUUCUCAAAGUGCGAGACCUGGUUGGCCAAUGCCAAGUACAGCCACCUUAUCCGUAAGAAAAAGGAUUUCUACAUGAAAUCCAACAGAGAAGAGGGCAAUGAUGUCAAAAUAAUUUUUCCUGAAAAGGUUAAAAUUGCUAACUAUAACAGGAAUUACACCACUAUUUAAAGAAAUGGGGUAUAAAGGGGGUCAAAGUUUAGACCACCUCUCGGUUGAGUCAUCGCAACCUAUUCCAGUGUUUCUUGCAUACCAUAUCUUCUGAGCAAGGGUGACGGCUCAGAAAAAGAAUGUUGUUUU